AUGACUACCCCCACCCCUAUUGAUGUCAAGCAAUCGUUGGGCGAUGCCCUAUUCCAGUCCAAUGACAAUGACGACGUGGAUGAACUCCUUUUAGCCACUGCCAGGAAGGACCUCGAAGUGGAAGAUGCUGUUGCGAGCACCACGGUGUUGCAGUCCCUUUCUGUAACUCGUACUGUUCCUUCAUCUCAACGACCUGCUGUUGUCAAGCAAUCGUCGAUCGACGGCCUCUUCAAGACCAACAACUUUGACGUGGAUGACAUCCACUUAGCCUCAACGUUUAUAACUUCGAAGUAG